CGGCGGUUUUUUAGCCAGCCAAUAUCACGCCUGCGAGACGCGCAGCGGCCCAGAGCGGUCUCUCGGAGAAGUUCUGAACACUGCGAACCGCGCGCGGCCACGAAAUCGGCACGAAACAGCAGCAAAAACACACCCCACACGGUCCAGCGCUCGCACGCCGCCGCAGACACAAAUGGCCACCUCGAUGGAAGUCGGCCUCGGAACCGUAGAAAUCGACAACGCCGACGUCAUUAGAUUGGUCCUCCAGUAUCUCCGGGAGGCGGGCCUCACGGGCGCCGCGGCCGAGCUCGAGAGAGAGGCAGACGUAAGACUCAACGCGUUGACAAAUAAGGCGUCAUUGGUCGAGGACGUGCGCAAGGGCCGCUGGGAGAAGGCCUUACCGCGGUUGAAUGGGUUGGACCUGCCGCGACAAGCGUCCUGUGAUUUGUGGGAACAUAUAGUAAGGGAAUUAGUGGCAUCGAGAGAGCCCAAGGCGGCCAAAAGUGUCCUGGAGGGCGCGUCACCUCUGCUAUAUUUGCGCGAGACGGAUCCUGGAAGGUUAGAUGCUUUGAAACGACUCGUUUCCAGAUCCGCGGAGUUUGAACGACUAGGGGGCCAGGCGUAUAGCGCCCAGGACACGGUCGACGCCUUCCCUGAGGACUCCCGAGAUGUUAAGAGGAGAAAGCUGUCCGAGACCAUCGACAGCGCUCUUGGGGAGGUGGCUCCCGAGAGACUAGCAUCACUCCUCGGCGCUGCACUCAGGUGGAGAGCCCACACGGGUCGAAGUGAGGCAGGCCGCGUCGACAUCUUUAGAGGUAGUGCAAAGAAGGCCAAGCUCGAGGCCGAGAAGCCACCUCGCAGACAAGCGGGCGCGUUACGGCUCGGCGAGGGCUCGCGGCCUCUAUGUCUCUGUUUCAGUGGAGACGGCACGGCGCUGAUCACUGGUUCGUCAGACGGCUUCAUCGAAGUGUGGGAUCCCGCAUUGUGCAGAUUAAGGCAGGACCUCGUGUACCAGGCGCGCCACGGCGUCCUUCUUCUUCGACCGCCUCUCUGAUGGAGACGAGUCGCCUCGACGGCGCGAGACCGCCGCGCGACCGCGAAACCGCACGCAGGCCAAGGACGAGCUCAUGCUGCACGACGCGCCCGUGUUGGCGGUACAAGCAUCUCCUGAUUCCACCGCGUUAGCCUCGGGAUGUAGAGACGGCACUCUCAAGGUCUGGCGGCUGUCUACCGGUGCCUGCGCGCGCAAGUUCGCCAAGGCCCAGCAGGGCGCCGUGACGUGCAUCGCAUGGUCGAGAGACGGCAGUCAACUCAUCACCGGUGGCGCGGACGGCGUCGUUCGUACGCAUGGCCUGAAGUCGGGACGGCAGCUCCAGCAGUUCUCCCACUCCGCGUCGGGCUCUACCUGUUCCGUGGGAUUCGUGUCCGACUCCACAAUCAUAUCGGCGGCCUCUGAUGGAAGGGUAACGUUGUGGGACGCGCGGUCGGCGUCGUCGCUGCAGUCGCUGACGGCGCCCGAAGCCCUGGCUAAACGAGAUAGAGUCGAAGUCGCCUCGACCUCAAGAAACGUGGCCGUCGUCUCUUUGUUAUCUGUCGAGGGCCCCAAAUUCGUCGUGGUCGAUCGAUCAGCAACAGCUAUCUUAGUAGAUGUGCGGUCGGGCAAGGUCCACGCGUCCUACUCGUCUUCCUCAGAACCGCAGCGCGCUUUGCCACCGGAAGCGCCGCGGAAGCCUACGACGGGUGGUGUUUUUGUGGCAGCCUGUUGUUCCCAGCCUCGGCGCGACUACGUCUACUGCGUGACCGAGGAGGGUUUUCUGUAUGCGUUCGUGACGCAGACCGGCGUGUUGGAGCGAAUCCUGGAUCUCGGCGAGGCGUGCUCCGGCCUGGAGGCGCACCCUUCGUUAAAUACAAUCGCGUGCUGGGGCGCUUCCGACGUCGUCCGGCUCUGGAAACACUAACACUUAUACAU